GUUCUCUCCUGUGUCUUUUUACUCAUUGUUUCUCUUACAGUACUUAUCUAUAGUUACAUGCAAGAACUAGAUAAACUAUUAAAUGACAAUUAAUCUGGAAGAAAUGCAUAUUCUAAAUUAUGAUUUCGAUGGAGAUUAAGGAUGUACUUGCAUUAUCUGCAUCAGUUUGUACUAUUUUACAGUUUCUAGCUGGCAUAUUGGUAUGCAAAAAAUAUAUUAGAAAUGGUACAACUGGAGAUAGUUCAGGAUUGGCUUUUGUGACAUGUUUUAUGUCUUGUAGUUUGUGGCUGAGAUAUGGAAUUCUUAUUGGAGAUUUGUUCAUUAUAUAUGUAAAUAUAUUUGGAACAAUAUUACAAAUAUGUUAUGUAUUAAUUUAUAUGUUAUACAAUGUAAAAAGGUCAACUACUAUUAAGCAGUUUACAGUAGCGAUUUGUUUGGUUUUGCUUAUAUAUCUCUACAGUAUUUAUCAAAAAAACAGAGUUUUGGCUGCAAAACAUGUAGGAUUUCUUAGUUGCAGCUUGACUAUAUUAUUCUUUGCAUCGCCAUUAAUAUCACUUGCACAUGUGAUUAGAGUGAAAAGUACAGAAAGUUUACCAUUUCCAGUCAUAAUGUCCUCUAUGAUAGUGUCUUGUCAGUGGUUUGCAUAUGGAUGUCUUCUCAGUGAUCAAUUUAUACAAAUACCAAAUUUUAUGGGUUGUGUUUUGUCAGCUUUUCAACUUUCUUUAUUUUUUAUUUACCCUAGCAAGCGAACAGAUCAAACUUAUUUUAUAUGAGAACAUUAAUCAUAUCUUUUGGUCUAUGAUUAAUUAGACCGAUUUGUGCUGUAAUAAGAAGUAUUAUAUAUUACAAUAAGAAGUAUUAUAAAUCAGUAAUUUUUUAUAAA